AUGUCAUUGAACAAGCUCUAUGAUACUGAUAAGGAUAAUACACUAGAUAAAGAGCCUACCAGUUCAGAAACUUCAGAGAAUAAACAAAGUAAUAAACCGAAGAAGAGAAAGAUUAUUCCAAACAUGGUCGUAGAAGAAGACCAGAUUAAUUUAUCUGAUCUAGGAAAUGGUCCAGAAAAGCCUAAAAUUAAAACGAUAGUAAAGAAAAUGAUGUCUAAGAAGGAAAAGGGUACUGAAGAGCCAACCCCUAGUAAGACUGUGAAAACUUAUCUGAAAUCACCAGAGUCCUCUAAAAGCAAUUCUACGGUUAAAAAGACACCAAUUUCUUCUAAAAAGCAGAAAUCUCAAGGUAGUAUCAAAGAGGUUCAGAACUUCUCACCUGAUGACUCCGCAUCUGAGUACAUGAAAAGCUCAGCUGAUUUGGAUUAUCAUCCAGUGAGUGAAUUUGUAGACUAUAAGGAGCUAUCAGCUCAUCCAAACUUUAAGAUUAAGAAGUACAAAGAUGCGAUCUACCGUGGAAUGAUCGACCCAGAGACCCACCAGCGACAAGGCAUCGGGAUCAUGGAAUACAUCACUGGAAGAAUCUACGAAGGUGCUUGGAACAAAGAUCUCCGAGAAGGCGAGGGGUACGAAAGAUACGCUAAUAACAAUAUCUAUAAAGGAAAUUUCUUAAGAGGCAAAGCCCACGGACAAGGGAAUUACCAAUGGGCCAAUGGUGAAUACUACAACGGCGAAUGGAACCAAGGCCAGAAACACGGAUAUGGCGAAUGGAAGUCCCACGAUGGCGAUAGCUACGAAGGCGAGUGGAAAGAAGGCAAAGCUGAUGGCCAAGGAGUUUACGCCUGGAAGAACGGAGAUAGGUACGACGGAGACUGGCUGGUCUGCCUCAAGCAUGGCAAAGGAACAGACUAUUUCGCAAACGGAGAUUCUUACACAGGCCAGUAUAAGUAUGGCAAACCAUGGGGAACAGGAAUAUACACUUGGAGAAAUGGAAGUGCUUACAAAGGUCAGUUCAAGAAUGGACUCAAGCAUGGCAAAGGUAAAUGGACAAAAGGUGAAGGAGAUGAGAAAUGUGUCUUUGAAGGAAAUUAUGUUAAAGGCAAAAAGCAAGGAUAUGGAGAAUUCAAAUGGGCUAGUGGCAAUUUUUACAGAGGAGAAUAUAAAGGUGAUGAGAGACAUGGAUAUGGAGAGAUGUACUGGAAUGACGAUAGCUUUUAUAAGGGAGCUUGGGUGAAUGGAAUUCAGCAUGGCCAAGGUAUUAUGCAGUUAGCAGAUGGUACUGUUAAAAAGGGUACCUUUGAAAAUAAUAUUUUCAUUGAAGAAGUUAUGGAAGAGUGCGAAUCUGUUGAAUCAUCAGCUAUGGAAGAGUACGAUGAAAGUCCUCAAAAUGUUGUAUCACAAAAAAUCAAUAAGAAGAAAGGAAAGAAGAAAAGAAAUAGAGAUGAACCAUCCCUUCUUCCUAGCAUUGCUUCACAGAAUACCAUUCCUACUAAAUCAGGACGCAAGUUUUCUUCUGCUCAAAAAUCAUUAGCAAGAAACCUCUCAGAUGCUAAUAUUAGAAAGGGUGGAAUAAUCCAGUUUAACAGUGCUAGAAGAUUUAGAAAUUCAUCCAAAAAGAGAGGAAAGAACUCUUUAUCAUUACCUAAGAUUGGUUCUGCAAAUCAAGAAAGCGCCGUAUCCUCUCGUUUAAAAGGCUUUACAAGUGUUGCUAAAAAUCAGGCUAAGGAGAGGAAGAAACUAGAGUCGUACUUUAAAUCCCUUGAUAAAGCUGUUCAAAUAUUAAGAGAUAAGAAGCAGCAUGAGUUGGCUAAUAGACCUUGGAUUCCAGCUGGUCCUGUCCAGCAAUACCAAUAUAGACCCUCUUCAAAGUACGGAUAA